AAAAAAAAAAAAAAAAAAAAAAAAAAGAGCAAAGCGACGUCAGGAGGUGCUGCGAAAACAACCUGAAAAUGGGGUGAAAAAGGUGAGAAACGGCGCCGAGAGACGCUGAGAAAUAACAGGUGGGAGAGAGGCACGGCGACGUGGGAAAGGCAGAAAAAAAGGAGCAGAAAACGCUGAGAAAGGUGUGGAAAAGGCACGGAAUUGUGUGGAAAACACUGAAAAAGGUGUGGAAGAGGCAGGAAACGGCGUGGAAAAAGGUGAAAGGCUGGGGAAAAUGGUUCCCAAAACGACGUUUUUUGGUGGGUGUGAAGUGGAAGUGCUGAGAUUUUCCUCCCCGAAAGGAGCCAGGUUUGGAUCAGUGCUGUGAUGGCCUCCUGAAAAUGGGCUUUUGGGACGGAGCUGAGCUGAAAUGAUGGCAUUUUUGGGGAACUGAUGGCAGCACUGAUGGAAUUUGAGGACUCUGCGGCGCUGGGAAAUGUGGAAAUUUGGAACUGUUGUCAUCCGAUGCCUUUUUGGGGAUGAUCUCCUGUAGGUGGUGCCUGGCAGUGCCACCCCAGGGUGAUUUUGGGGCCGUUUUCACCACUUUUCUUCAAUUUCUUCAGGAUAAACCCCUUGUCUGGAUCCUUUAGAGUCCACGUUUCUCAACAGGGGGGAAAUUUGGGGCCGUUUUCACCACUUUUCCUCAAUUUCUUCAGGAUAAACCCCUUGUCUGGAUCCUUUGGGGUCCACGUUUCUCAACAGGGGGGAAAUUUGGGGCCGUUUUCACCACUUUUCCUCAAUUUCUUCAGGAUAAACCCCUUGUCUGGGUCCUUUGGGGUCCACGUUUCUCAACAGGGGGGAAAUUUGGGGCCGUUUUCACCACUUUUCCUCAAUUUCUUCAGGAUAAACCCCUUGUCUGGAUCCUUUACAGUCCACAUUUCUCAACAGGGGGGAAAUUUGGGGCCGUUUUCACCACUUUUCUUCAAUUUCUUCAGGAUAAACCCCUUGUCUGGAUCCUUUGGGAUCCACGUUUCUCAACAGGGGGGAAAUUUGGGGCCGUUUUCACCACUUUUCCUCAAUUUCUUCAGGAUAAACCCCUUGUCUGGAUCCUUUACAGUCCACAUUUCUCAACAGGGGGGAAAUUUGGGGCCAUUUUCACCACUUUUCCUCAAUUUCUUCAGGAUAAACCCCUUGUCUGGAUCCUUUGGGGUCCACGUUUCUCAACAGGGGGGAAAUUUGGGGCAUUUGCUUUGAAAAUUUGCUCUGUGACACUUCGUGGUGGUGGGGUUUUUUCCUCCAAAUUCCAACGUUUUCAGCAAAUUCUGUCGCUCCUCAUCCCAGGACACACCAUGGAUCACCCUGUGUUGUAAAGGAUGGCACCCAGACCACAAAAUCGCCACGAUUUCACCCUCCUCCCCCCCACCAAAAAAAAAAGAAAAAAAAGAAAAUCCGAAAUAUUUGCAUUUUUUUUCAUUUCCACCAAUUUGGGGAGCGGUUUUGCUCCGAUAACCAUGACCUUCACACCUCAUUUUUGAGUUGAAACGAUGCAUUUUUUUGCUAGCCUGUGCUCAUCUGCUUUUUUUCUUUCCCCUCCCAUCAAAACGACGUAUUUUUUUUUUCCUAAAAAGCCAUUUCUGGGCAUUCUCAUGGCCCGUUGGUUCCCAAUAGGUUGCGUUGUGACCUCUGCUUGAUCACCAACAUCUAAUUUUCCACUGAGACCGCUGACAGCAGUCACAUUUUUUUCUAUUCCAAACAUUCCUUCAUCCCCUUUGGUCCCGGUGGUGAACACAGCUUCAUUUUGCCAAUCUUUGGCAAUGUUUUUUUGAACAAAAGGGACAUUUUCAACCCCAAAAAAGAGUUGGAGCUUCCCUGAGAAAUCCCAAUCCUCGCCGAUCCUGCAGCGAAUCCCAUGGGGGUGAUGUCAGAACCCCUCGUUUUGCAGCAUCCACCAAUCUGCCAUUUCCCACCCCCAUUUCCACCAGUCUCUAAAAUGAGCCUCGUUCCUCUCCAGGGAGACAUUUUUCUCUAAAAAACCACCAGAAUGGGCAAACUACUCAACGUUGCUCGGCGCCUACAGCAAAUCCACGGCGAAGGCAUCUCUCCUUACGCUGGCCCCAGAUGAGGGUACAUUGAGCUUAAUUAAUUCCAGUUUUUUAGCCUGAUUUAAUCAGGCUAAUUUACAGCGAGUGCAGGAUGAUGCUCCUGGAAGUGGCUUGACGUGAAAAUUGGGCUUGAAUGUUUUGGGCAUUUUUUUAGGGAAUUAAGUGAAUAUCACAACCCAAGCGAUGCUCGCAUUGUGGCUUAACUGAAAUUAUUCCUUUUCAUAGAGAUUUGAAGCAUCAAGUUGAGCUUCAAACAGGAAGAUGUCGUGAUGUUGGCAAGAGAAUAAAGAGAGGGGGGUCCUGUCCUCCUAAUGCUGUCGUUUGGCUUCCAGGUGAGACCCCAAAUCCCCACGAUGGCGUCACCGGCCGUCAGCCCCGACUCGUCGUCCCAUGAAGGCCUCUCCUCUGUCAACUCGGCCCCGGCGUGUUCGCCCACCUCUGACUCUGAGAACCUCAGCCCCGACGAGUUGGAGCUGCUGGCCAAGCUGGAGGAGCAAAACAGGCUGCUGGAGGCUGACUCCAAGUCGAUGCGCUCCAUGAACGGCUCGCGGAGGAACAGCGGCUCCUCGUUGGUCUCCAGCUCCUCGGCCUCCUCCAACCUCAGCCACCUGGAAGAGGACACCUGGAUCCUCUGGGGCCGCAUCGUCAACGAGUGGGACGAGUGGAGGAAGAAGAAGGAGAAGCUGCUGAAGGAGCUCAUCCGCAAAGGGAUCCCCCACCAUUUCCGUGCCAUCGUGUGGCAGCUGCUCUGCAGUGCCACCGACAUGCCCGUCAAAAACCAAUACUCAGAGCUGCUCAAGAUGUCCUCCCCCUGCGAGAAGCUCAUCCGCAGGGACAUCGCCCGCACCUACCCGGAGCACGAGUUCUUCAAGGGACAGGACAGCCUGGGCCAAGAGGUGCUCUUCAACGUCAUGAAGGCCUAUUCACUGGUGGACCGGGAGGUUGGGUACUGCCAAGGCAGCGCCUUCAUCGUGGGACUGCUGCUCAUGCAGAUGCCUGAGGAAGAGGCCUUCUGUGUGUUUGUGAGGCUGAUGCAGGAGUACCGCCUGCGGGAGCUCUUCAAACCCAGCAUGGCCGAGCUGGGGCUCUGCAUCUACCAGUUUGAGUACAUGCUGCAGGAGCAGCUGCCAGAGCUGAACAUCCACUUCCGCUCGCAGAGCUUCCUCACCUCCAUGUAUGCUUCCUCGUGGUUCCUCACCCUCUUCCUCACCACCUUCCCUCUGCCCGUGGCCACACGUGUCUUCGACAUCUUUAUGUACGAGGGUCUGGAGAUUGUCUUCCGUGUGGGGAUGGCGUUGCUGCAGUUCAACCAGGCUGAGCUGGUCCAGCUGGACAUGGAGGGCAUGUCCCAGGUAAGGUUGGGGUGGCACCCCCGUGUCCUGCAGAGGAACAGCCUGCUGCCAGAUGAGGACAACGUGGUGAGGCUGCAGGAGGAGCUGCAGGCGCUGGCGCUGCGCGAGGCUGAGGCCGUCAAAUCGCUGACGGAGCUGCAGCAGCAGGUGAAGGAGCUCAGUGACAGCUGGCAGGUGAGGCCACCUGAGUCCCCUCCUGGAUUCCUGGGUCCCUUCACAUCCGCCUGGGUCCCGCCCGUGUCACCAGGUCCCACUGGGUCCCUUCACACAACCCGUGUUGUCUGGGUCCCUUCUCCAGGUGUUUGGGGUCCUCUCUUGGACACCUCCAUCCCCUUCGUGGCCACCUGGGUGCUGUCUCUGCCAUCUUGGUCCCCUCUUGGCCACUUCAGUCCUUCGUUCCACUGCCUGGAUCCCCUCCUGGGCACCUGGGUCUCUUAUUCUGACAUCUGGGUCCUUCAUCCCAAUACCUGUGUCCUUUGUCCUCUCCCCAAGGUCUCAUCCUGGCCACCUGAAUCCCUCAUCCCAAUGUCUGGGCCCCUCAUCCCAAUGUCUGGGUCCUUCGUUCUGUCACCAAAGUCCUCUCCUGGCCACCUGAAUCCCUUCUCCCAGUGCCUGGAUCCCCUCCUGGACACCUGGGUCUCUUCUUCUGACAUCUGGGUCCUUCAUCCCAAUACUUGGGUCCUUUGUCCUGUCCCCAAGGUCCCAUCCUGGCCACCUGAAUCCCUCAUCCCAAUGUCUGGGCCCCUUAUCCCAAUGUCUGGGUGCCUCAUCCCAAUGUCUGGGUCCUUCAUUCUGUCACCAAAGUCCUCUCCUGGCCACCUGAAUCCCUUCUCCCAGUGCCUGGAUCCCCUCCUGGGCACCUGGGUCUCUUCUUCUGACAUCUGGGUCCUUCAUCCCAAUACUUGGGUCCUUUGUCCUGUCCCCAAAGUCUCAUCCUGGCCACCUGGAUCCCUCAUCCCAAUGUCUGGGUGUCUCAUCCCAAUGUCUGGGUGCCUCAUCCCAAUGUCUGGGUCCCUCGUUCUGUCACCAAAGUCCUCUCCUGGCCACCUGAAUCCCUUCUCCCAAUGCCUGGAUCCACUUCUGGACACCUGGUCUGGAUCCCUCAUCCAGAUGUCUGAAUCCCUCAUCCCAAAGUUUGGGUCCCUCAUCCCAGUGUCUGGGUCCCUCAUCCCAACGUCUGAAUCCUUCAUCCCAAAGUCUGGAUCCCUCAUCCAGAUGUCUGAAUCCCUCAUCCCAGUGUCUGGAACUGGGAGGGCUGGGGGUGUGGGUGCUGAACUGGGGGUGUGGGUGCCGUACUGUGGGGCUGAACUGGGAGAACUGGGAGUAGCGUGGGUGCUGAACUGGGCUUCUGUGCUGCUGAACUGGAGGUGCAGCGCUGGGCGCAGCGGGGCUGGGAGGAGCGACCCAGGAGGUGACAGCAGGGCUGCUCAUCCCCCCCAAAUUCCUCCACCCUCAAUUCCUCCACCCCCAAUUCCUCCUCCCCCAAUUCUUCCCCCACCCCAGGGUCAGAUCCAGCGCACGGUGCUGGGCCGAGCGGAGCAGACGUGCGCAGGGCUGCGGGAGCAGCUCCGCCUGGCGGCGGCGCAGAGCAAAGGGCUGCAGGCGCAGCUGAGCGAGAGCCACCGUAAGCACGCCGAGGCUCAGUGCAAGAGCAAGGAGGAGGUGAUGGCGGUGCGGCUGCGUGAGGCCGACAGCAUGGCGGCCCUGGCUGAGAUGCGACAGCGUGUGGCUGAGCUGGAGAUCCAGAGGGAGGAGGGCAUGAUCCAGGGGCAGCUCAACCACUCGGACGCCGCUCAGUACAUCCGCCAGCUCAAGGACCACAUCGACGAGCUCAAGGCUGAGAUCCGGCUGCUGCGGGGUCCGUUGUCCUUCGGGGCGGUGGGGCUGGGGACGCGCCUUGGGGACGAGGACUCGUUGGGUUCCUCCGACGAGGAGCUGCCACCCUUUGCUCUGCCCCACGGGGACAUCGGAGACCUCGGGGACCUCGGGGACAUGGGGGACAGCAGCGACAGCGAAACCGAGGGGGCACCCACGGCACCGUGACCCUACGGGGGACUUCGGGGACGUGGGGGACACCGGAGGCACCGAGACCCACGGGGACGUGGGGGAACUUUGGGGACAUUGGGGGGACGUCGGGGACGUCGGAUUGUGGGGGGGUACCUAAGGGACCCUCGGGGCCACCCAGGGGGACACUGAGGACACGGUGAGGGGACCCAGGAGGCACCGAGGGACAGGGACGCCCACCGGCCCCACAGCACCCAUGGGGCACCCGUGGGACGCAGGGAACCCUUAGGGACAUCCCUAAGUGGCACCAGGGGGACAAUGAGGGACACGCAGGGGACGGUAAGGGACAUCCAUGGGCCCCUUUGGGAUCCCACAGGGCACCCAAGGGACACCCGUGGCACCCAGAUGACCCUUAUGGGACCUACGGGGACACCGAGGGGCACUUAUGGCAUCCAGGGACAUCCAUAGGUGCUGUGGCACCCAAAGGACCCCGAGGGACACCUGUGGGGACCCUGGGACACAGAGGGACACCCAUAGGACCCUGGGGACAGGGAGGGACAUCCAUAAUCCGCGUGGCACCCAAAGGACAAUAAGGGACACCCAGGGGACCCUUCAGGGACACACAUAGGGUCCCAAGGGACAUCCAUGGGCCCCACAGCACCCAGGGGACAAUGAGGGGACACUAAGGGACAUCCAUGGGCCCCACAGCACCCAGGGGGCACUGAGGGACACCCAUAGGUGCCAUGUCACACAAGGGACACCUAUAGGUCCCAAGGGACACUGAGGGACACCCAUGGGUCUGAUGGCACCAAGGGGACACUGAGGGACACCCAUAGAUGCCAUGGCACCCAGGGGACACCCAUGGGUCUCAGGGGACACUGAGGGACACCUGUGGGUCUGAUGGCACCAAGGGGACACCUAUAGGACCCAGGGGACACUGAGGGACACCCAUAGGUGCCAUGUCACACAAGGGACACUCAGGGGCCCCAGGGGACAUCAAGGGACACCCAUAGGUCUGAUGACACCAAGGGGACACUAAGGGACACCCAUAGGUGCCAUGGCACCCAAAGGACAACUAUAGACCCCAGGGGACACUGAGGGGCACCCAUGUCACCCAAGGGACACUCAGGGGCCCCAGGGGACAUCAAGGGACACACAUAGGUUCUAUGGCAUCCAGGGGACACCCAUGGGUCCCAGGGGACACUGAGGGACACCCAUAGGUGCCACAGCACCCAGGGGACACCCAUGGGUCUCAGGGGACACCGAGGGACACCCGUGGGUCUGAUGGCACCCAAGGGACACCUAUAGGUCCCAGGGGACACCGAGGGACACCCAUAGGUGCCAUGUCACACAAGGGACACUCAGGUCCCAGGGGACACUAAGGGGGCAUCAAGGGACACCCAUAGGUGCCAUGGCACCCAGGGGACACCUAUAGGCCCCAGGGGACAGUAAGGACACCCGUGGGUCUGAUGGCACCCAAGGGACACCUAUAGACCCCAGGGGACACUAAGGGACACCCAUAGGUCCCAUGGCACCCAAGGGGCACCUAUAGGUCCCAGGGGACACUAAGGGACACCCAUAACUCUGAUGGCACUAAGGGGCUAUCAAGGGACACCCAUGGGUGCCAUGGCACCCAAGGGACAACCAUAGGUCCCAGAGGACACUGAGGGACACCCAUAGGUGCCACGGCACCCAGUGGACACAUAUAGAACCCAGGGGACACUGAGGGACACCCAUAGGUGCCAUGUCACCUAAGGGACACUCACAGGUCCCAGGGGACACUAAGGGACACCCAUAAGUCUGAUGGCACUAAGGGGGCAUCAAGGGACACCCAUAGGUGCCAUGGCACCCAAGGGACACCUAUAGACCCCAG